AUGGAUACCUGGUUGAUAAGCUUUGUCCCCUCGGCGCUUCUCGUUACUGUGACAGCAGAUGUUUACAUUGUGACUAUGGAAGGAGAUCCAAUCAUAAGUUACCAAGGUGGAGAAAAUGGUUAUGAAGCAACUGCUGUCGAAUCUGAUGAGAAGAUUGAUACAUCAAGUGAAUUGGUGACAUCUUAUGCUCGUCACUUAGAGAGGAAACACGAUAUGAUCCUUGGAAUGCUCUUUGAGGAAGGGUCAUACAAAAAGCUUUACAGCUAUAAACACCUUAUAAAUGGAUUUGCAGUUCAUGUUUCUCCUGAGCAGGCAGAAACACUACGUCGCACGCCCGGUGUCAAAUCUAUAAACAAAGACUGGAAAGUGAGGAGACUCACCACACAUACACCAGAGUUUCUGGGACUUCCAACGGAUGUGUGGCCAACAGGUGGUGGUUUUGAAAGAGCAGGAGAAGAUAUUGUUAUCGGUUUUGUUGACUCUGGGAUUUAUCCGCAUCACCCGAGUUUUGCCUCUCACCAUAGAUUACCUUAUGGCCCUCUUCAUCAUUACAAAGGAAAAUGUGAAGAAGAUCCUCAUACCAAGAAGAGCUUCUGCAACAGGAAGAUUGUUGGAGCCCAACAUUUCGCUGAAGCUGCUAAAGCGGCUGGUGCAUUUAGCAUUUAA